AUGUGUCUGCUCAUCCGUUUGGCUUGCCUAUUCCUGGCGGUGUCGCUGGUAGCGUGCCAUGAGAACUCGCGCCCGCCGUCGGCGACGAAACCUUCGCUGAUCUUUGGAUUGCAAAUGCCUGACUGGAUGGUUUCAUUACGAGAUUAUUACCAUCAAUCCAUUGCAAAGAUCAAAGCUUUCUUCGCUUCGGAGGGCCCGGAAAAGACUCAGCUCGAGCGGAGCGGGCAACGCAUGAAGGCGGUCUUGAGAAGUGACCCAAUGACUCGUCUGCUUGUGGCACUCUACAUUAACUUUGGGAUCGUCUUCCUGGUCUACGUCUACAUGUUCUUCCGUCAAGUUGAGUUAAGCGUCCAACUCAAACGAGAAUCUCGUGUGCCGAUGAUUAGGGCGGUUGGGAGUAUGGCG